AACGUGCUGACGACCCAAUCCCCACACAACCCUAAUCCGUCAAAAGCGCGCGCGCAUACUUAUACAGUUAUUAUUUCACAAUAUAAAACCCUCCCAAUCUUAAAACCCUAAAACUUUUCACUUUUCACUCUUCUUCUUCUUUUUCCCUCAACUCACAGAAACCCGUCACAUAACCCUAACUAUGAAGCUCCCACAGAAAUCCAAAGCGACGGAACAACCCUCGGUUUCGAAGCGGAGAGGUCGCCCGCGUAAACAGCGAAGAAAACGCAAUGAAACAGUAACGGAUGAAUCCAAUAUUUCUAAGCCAAUUGCAUUGAUUGGCCGUUAUGUUUCGAAAAAGUUAUCGAAAAAUGCUGUUUGCAUUGGUAAAGUGAUUAGUUACAAGAUUGGAAUUUAUAGAGUGGAAUUUGAAGGAGGUAUCUGUGAAGAGUUAAAUAGUUCUGAAAUUAGGAAGAUUAUGUUGGAGGACUUUGAUUUGGAUCAUGAUUUGAUUCGACGAAAAAAUGAAUUGGAUGAAUCGUUGAUGAGGAAGAUAGUCGAUGAAUCGGAUAAGAAUCCGAGCGAAUUGAAUGUGGAUGAGGAAGAGAAGAAUUCGAGCGAAUUGAAUGUGGAUAAGGAAGAGGAAAUGCUAGAUACCGACGCUGAUUUGAGUUCGGAUGUUGAGACAGCGGUUGAGUUGCCGCCGCAGUUAGAAUUGCCACCGGAAUUGAUGCUACCGCCUUCUUCAGGAACUAUUGGUGUUCCUGAGAGUUCUGUUUAUGAUUUGUUUUCAGUUUACACAUUUCUGCGAUCGUUUAGUACAAGAUUAUUUUUGAGUCCGUUUAGUUUGGAUGAAUUUGUCGGCGCCCUUAACUGUGAAGUUUCGAAUACCUUGAUUGACGCAGUACAUAAUGCUUUGAUGCGGGCUUUGAGACGCCAUUUGGAAAAUCUUUCAGCUGAGGGCUCAAAGAUAGCAUCAAGAUGUCUAAGGUACAGUGAAUGGAGCUUGCUUGAUACAUUGACUUGGCCUGUUUUCUUAGUUCAAUAUUUAGCAGUUAAUGGAUGGACUAAGGGGUCUGAGUGGAAAGGAUUUUAUGACGAGAUUUUUCACGGCGAGUAUUAUUCAUUGCCUGCAACUAGGAAGUUAAAAAUAUUACAAAUUCUCUGUGAUGAUGUUUUGGAGUCUGAGGAACUAAGAGCCGAGAUCAACAUGCGUGAAGAAUCAGAGGCCGGGAAGAAUUAUGAUGCUGAGGAUAUUCCUCAUGCGGAAAAGGGACCGAAAAGAGUCCAUCGACGAUGUGCCAACACUGCUGAUUGCCAGGAUGAAGAAUCUAUGAAGUUUGUUUCAAAAUUAGAUGAUGUGAACUUACCUGGCAAUUCUGAGGACGAGGUUGAUAGAAAUGGAGAUGAAUGUCGCCUCUGUGGCAUGGAUGGGACCUUGCUUUGUUGUGAUGGAUGUCCUGCUGUUUAUCAUUCAAGGUGUAUCGGUGUGAUGAAGAUGUAUAUAUCAGAUGGGGAAUGGCAUUGUCCGGAAUGCAAAAUAAAUACAAUUGGGCCAACAAUUGCACGGGGGGGAACAUCUCUUAGGGGGGCUGAAAUGUUUGGAAAUGAUUUGUACGGGCAGUCUUUCAUCGGUACUUGCGACCACUUACUGGUGCUCAGUGGCAACAAUGGGGAAGUUUGUCGUAAAUACUACAAUCAGAAUGACAUUCCUGAAGUUAUCCGAGUGCUUUGUGCUUCCAUUCAACAUAGACCUGUAUACUCUGGUAUUUGCAUGGCGAUGUUACAAUAUUGGAAUAUUUCAGAAAGCUUCCAACACCUUUGUGUUCCAAAUGGAACACAUAUAAACUCAGAAAAUUCAAAGAUAGAUGAAAAAAUCUCUGCUACAUUACUUCCUCAUGUGGUUGAAAAUGACCAUAAAGGUGUUAGUUUAGGGAAAGCAGAAUAUGGUUUAACAUCUGUGAAUGGAGUCUGUAGUGAUAAUAUGGCCCCAUCUCUUGCACUGGUUACCAGUAGUCCCAUUUGUGAAACCAAUGGCAAUACUAACAAGUCAUCUGCCGCUAUUCCUGACAAGAGCACCUUGGUAAGCAAUCAAUUUAUAAAUUGUGGGCAAACUAAAGGUGACUUAGGUCCUGGAAAGUCUAAUGAUUUUGUGUAUAGGGGCUAUUCCUAUAAACAACAAGCAUAUGUUAAUACUUAUAUGCAUGGCGACUUUGCUGCAUCUGCAGCUGCUAGUUUGGCUAUUCUUUCUUCAGACGAUUCUAGACCAGAGGGUCACGUGUCUGACUUGAGGAAAGCUGCAUCUGAAAACACUAACCUGUUAGCAAAAGCAUUUUCACUAACAGCUUCACGCUUCUUUUGGCCAAGUUCUGACAAGAAGCUUGCGGAGGUUAUAAGAGAGAGGUGUGGCUGGUGCCUUUCUUGUAAAGCCCUUGUUUCAAGCAAGAAAGGAUGUAUGUUAAAUCAUGCUGCUAUAUGUGCUACCAAAAGCGCCAUGAAAAUCCUUUCUGGUCUUGCUCCUGUAAGGAGUGGAGAAGGAAUUAGCCCUACAAUUGCAACCUAUGUCAUAUAUAUGGAGGAAAGCUUAUGUGGUUUAAUAGAUGGGCCCUUUCUUAGCGGAAACUAUAGAAAGCAAUGGCGUGAACAAGUGGAAAGGGCCACAACAUUUAGUAACAUCAAGCCCCUUUUACUUCAUCUUGAGGAGAACAUUCGCACAAUUGCUUUUUGUGGUGACUGGGUGAAGCUUGCAGAUGAGUGGUUGGUUGAAUCUCCUACAAUCCAAAGUGCCACAUCUACUCUUGGAACAACACAGGAACGUGCACCAUGCGACAGAUGUAGAAAAUUACCUAUCAAAUAUCCAUUUGACACUUCCCCUGAAAACUUUGGCUGGUGGAAUGGCAAAUUUACCAAAUCUGUAUUUCAGAAAGCUGCAUUGCCAAAAUUUAUGGUCAGAAAAGCAGCUCGUCAAGGUGGUUUGAGGAAAAUUUUGGGUAUUGUCUAUCCUGAAGUCUCUGUAAUUCCUAAAAGAAGCCGUCAGCUGUUUUGGAGAGCUGCCGUUGAGAUGAGUAGGAAUGCAUCACAGCUCGCACUUCAGGUCCGAUAUCUAGAUUUUCAUAUCAGAUGGAUUGAUCUGAUUCAGCCGGAGUGUAACCUCCAGGAUGGAAAAGGUCAAGAUACUGAAAUUUAUGCUUUUAGAAACGCAACUAUUCAUGACAAAAAGUUUGCACAGGGCAAAACAUCCUAUGGUAUAGAUUUUGGGAGCCAAAAGCAUAUUCCUUCUCGGAUAAUGAAGAAUGCUGAAACAAUAGAUGAAGGGCCAGAUGGAAAGAAGUAUUGGUUUUCUGAAACUUUCAUUCCUUUAUAUUUGGUAAAAGACUAUGAAGUAAGAAACAAAGAAGAGCCAUCUCGUAAAGAUAACUUGAAUGUUGCAUCUCGAUGGCACAAAAGGCGGUUGAAUGCUAUCUGCAAGGACAUAUUUUUUUACCUCACUUGCAAGAGAGACAAAACAGACAUGUUAUCAUGUUCUGUAUGUAAUCAGGGUGUUUUAUUUAGGAAUGCUCUCAAGUGUAGUGCAUGUCAAGGUUAUUGUCAUGAGGGCUGUUCAAUAAAUUCAACAUUCUCUACAUAUAAAGAUGUUGAGUUCUUGAUCACAUGCAAACAAUGUUAUCAUACCAGAUUACUUGCUCAGAAAGAGACCAGUUACAAAUCUUCAACCACUCCCUUACUGUUAAAAGGAAGAGAACAUGGCUCUUCGACAAUUUUGAAGAAACCAGAGCCUAAAUGUGAUGAUCAAAUACUGAGACCUACCAGGGUAAAGGAUUGUUGUCCUGACAUGAAAAAAGUUGCUUCCCAGACCCCUCUGGAAACCAAAAGCAGUAGCAGAAAAUCCUCUUGGGGUAUUAUAUGGAGAAAGAAUAAUAGUGAAGACACAGGCAUCGAUUUCAGGCUAAAAAACAUAAUUAUGAAGCGACCCCGUUCAAGCUUGCCUCAAUUAGAACCUGUUUGUCACUUAUGCCAUAAGCCAUAUAACUCUGAUCUAAUGUAUAUAGGCUGUGAAACAUGUACCAGGUGGUAUCAUGCUGAAGCUCUUGAACUUGAAGAGUCCAAAAUAUUUUCUAUGCUGGGCUUCAAAUGUUGCAGGUGUCGCAAGAUAAAGUCACCUGUCUGUCCUUACUCUGAUUCAAUGUGCAAGGAGCAAGUUGUAGAGAAGUCACACUCACGGGGUUCUAAGAGAAAAAAUUAUGGAGCAGAGUCUUCUGGUUCUGGAACACUAGCUGACACAAGAGCAAGGGAGCCUGCUACUCCUAUCUUUCCUAUAGAAGAUGUUUCUAAACAAGAGAACAGUCCUCUGCCGUUUUCUCUUUCAAAUGUCGAACUGAUUGCAGAACCCAUGUCAGAGUUAGAUGCAGGCAUUGAGUAUAACGUCGUCUCUGGGUCAGGGCUUCAGAAAAUACCCGAGGAGGAAAGUAAUGGCACUUUUGGGGGUGAAGUUCGGCAUGCUGAAAUUUCAACACGGGAUGAAAUGAAUAAUCUGCCAGCAGAGGUUUUACCACCUUUUGUAGAACUUGAUUCUCUGUUCUCUGACUGCGAUCUUCUGAAUGACUCGGAAACUUUAGAUAAUGAAUACAUGGAUUUUGAAUCCGAAACUGAUUUCUCCCUGUCUGAACUUCUGAACCUAGAUAAUAACAGUCAAUUUGAGGAAGCUGAUGUGCCCAGGGACUUAUCAGGAUUUGCAAAAGAUUCUUGUACACUAGGCGUUCCCGAAGAACGUGCAACUACUAGUUUACAGAACAACCAGGAACCUACAAUUUCAUCACAUCAAAAUGUUCAUAAUUGUUCGCAAUGUUCAAAAACAGAACCAGCCCCCGAUCUCUCUUGUCUGAUUUGUAAAAUGUGGAUUCACAGCAAGUGUUCACCCUGGAUUGAAUCACCAUCUAGGCUUGGAGAUUGGAGAUGUGGUAAUUGUAGGGAAUGGCAAUAACUGAAUUAGUCAAUAUCGGCGGAAUUAUACCUCCUAGUUUCAUCUCAUCAUAUAAUCCAGAUGUCUCAAUGAAUGUGCAUGGAUUAGUGUUGAAUUCAUUGCAGUGGUCCUGCAGAGAUUAAUGGAAUGCAAGGUGCUGAGAUUUUUCUUGUCACAGAUCAUGGCGGCAACUUCCCCAGCGCCAGGGGUCCCAAUUUUGAUCGAGCGAUUCUUCUAUUAUGAUCGAGUGGUUCUUAUAUACUCAAUAUCGGCCGACUUAUACUCCAUAGUUUCAUAUCAAUUUUUUCCCCCGACAUUGCAUGGUUUACAUAAAUUUGCUCGUCGGGAGAUAAGCAGGAUUUUAGGGUGCUUAUCUGACAGUAUUUAUUUGCACAGAUUAAUAAUGUGUACAAUUUUUUGGUCGGUCAAAAUUGAUACUUUAACCUCUGAUCCAACUCUUGGGUUUUUGGUUUGUACUGCCUGAGCCAAGCACAUCCCUAAGUGCU